CCACCGCCUCCUCUUCUCCCCACCGCGGUGGCGGUGGCAGUGGCGGCAGCAGCGGCGGCGGAGGAACCUGACACGCACCGGCCCCACUCCCGCCCCAGUCGAAGCCGAAGCUGCAGCCGGCGCCGGGCGGGGGCCAUGGGCGCCCCGCGCGGCCCGGGUCAUGAGGACGGAGGCGGAGGCAGCGGGGCCGCCGCUCGAGCCCGGAGACUUUGUGCAGCUGCCCGUGCCCAUCAUCCAGCAGCUCUACCACUGGGACUGCGGCCUGGCCUGCUCCAAAAUGGUGCUGCGGUACCUGGGCCAGCUGGACGACAAUGAGUUUGAGAGUGCCCUGCAGGAGCUGCGACUAACCAGGAGCAUCUGGACCAUUGACCUGGCUUACCUAAUGCGCCACUUUGGCGUGAGGCACCGUUUCUGCACACAGACCCUGGGCGUUGACAAGGGCUACAAGAACCAGUCCUUCUACAGAAAGCACUUUGACACAGAGGAGACCCGGGUGAACCAGCUGUUUGCACAAGCCAAGGCCUGCAAGGUGCUGGUGGAAAAAUGCACAGUGAGCGUGCAGGAUAUCCAGGAGCACCUGGCACAGGGCCACGUGGCCAUUGUGCUGGUCAACUCUGGGGUGUUGCACUGCGACCUCUGCUCCAGUCCUGUCAAGUACUGCUGCUUCGCUCCCAGCGGUCACCGCUGCUUCUGCCGGACCCCUGACUACCAGGGCCACUUCAUUGUUCUGCGUGGCUACAACCGGGCCACUGGCUGCAUCUUCUACAACAACCCAGCCUAUGCUGACCUAAUCUCUACACUCAAUGUGGGGCUGGAACUCAUGACCCCGAGAUCAAGAGUUGCAUGUUCUUCCGAUGGAGCCAGCCAGGUGCCUCGAUGUUAGUUCUUCUUUAAAUGUUUGGUAGAAUUCACCAGUGAAGCCACCAGGACCAGUGACUUCCUUUGGUAGGAAUGCUUUGAUUACUCAUUAAAUCUCCUUACUAGUUAUAGGUCUAUCUGGAUUUUUUAUUUCUUCAUGAUUUAGUCUUGGUAGUUUUGUGUUUCUAGGAAUUUGUCCAUUUCAUCUAGGUUGUCCAAUUUGUUGGCAGACAAUUGUGUUGGUUUGCAAAUGUGGCAACUCCCUGGGUGAAAUCUGAAACUGGCCCCCAUAAGUGGAAGGCAAGGAGAGAACAAAGAAAGAUGCAGACCUCUCCAGAUUGGUAGGUAGUAGGGUUUUUGUUUUUGUUCUUUUUUUGAGAGAGAGAGAGGGCACGAGUGAGGGGCAGAGAGAGAGAGAGAAUCCCAUGAAGGGCAGAGAGAGAGAGAGAGAGAGAAUCAGGGCUCACCCAAAGUGGGGCUUGUGUUUACCUGAAGCAGUGCUCGAGCUCUCCUGAUGCAGGACUUGAACUCACAAACCAUGAGAUCAUAACCUGAGAUGAAGUCAGAUUCCUAAUCGACUGAGCCACCCAGGAGCCGUGAGGUAGGUGGCAGUUUUAAAGCAAGGCCACUUACAUACGAGGUUCGUGUCAAGUGGUCACAAGACAAGUAGAUCUCUGCAUAUGCCCACCAGAAUCUUAAGAGUUUACAUAGAGACCUUAAUGGGGUUCAGUCACAUAGGCUGCUCAGAUGGCCUUAAUAAUACAUUACUUUCUCAAGGGCCAAGAUGGCUAAGCAGCAUGGAAGUUCUUGGCUUCUCUCUGCCCUGAAAUGCAGCUAGAUCAGCACCAAACCAUUUUGCACACCUAGAAAAUUGACCUGAGGAUUAACACAACAAUCUGCAUAACUUGAGCCAUAGAACUUGGCAGGUACACAGUGUGGAGAGGUGAACUGGGGGAGAGAGAAGCCACUGAGGGUAGGAGGCUGUUUUUGCAGAGAGAGGACAGAGAAAGGGUGAAGAGUGCAGGAAAAGUAGCUGGAGAGAAAGAGAAAGAGAGGAAACACAAGGGACUGAACAAGAAAACUGUUCCCCAAAACCAUUGACAGGGAGAAAGGAGAGAGUUUCAAUACCAUUAGGUCUCUAUAAACAGGAGAGUGCAGAGUCAGAAUUCCAGAACUCAAUACCUGGUGGUGCUCUGGUGGGGAGGAAGGGCGAAUCCCCAGGAGCAGGCAGAGAGGUCUGAGGGGUCCAUGGGCCACACAGGGAGAAGAAGUUCCCCUGCUUGGAGGGUGUUUGGUAGAGGAUAUAUGACCUCCCUACAGGCAAAGGUCCCACCAGACCCCAGAGAACAGCCGCAUUUGCUGGUGUUGGAACAAAGAGAUGCCAGGGUGUGGUGAAACCUGGAGCGGGCUGUGUGUUGUGAUUUGCCAUAAUCUCUGAACUGCUGCCACUGCACAAUCACCUGAAUGCUACAGGGGGCUACAGACCAGGAGAACUACAGGCCAAUUUCCCUAAUGAACAUGUAUACAAAAAUUCUCAGCAAGAUGCUAGCCAACUGGAUCCAACAAUACAUUAAAAGAAUUAUUCACUAUGAUCAAGUGGGAUUUAUACCUGGGAUGCAGGGCUGGUUCAAUAUCCACAAAUCAAUCAAUGUGAUUCAUCACAUUAAUAAAAGAAAUUAUAAGAAUCACAUUAUCCUCUCAAUAGAUGCAGAGAAAGCAUUUGACAAAAUGCUUUCAAGAAAGUAGGGAUAGAAGGAUCAUAUCUCAAGAUCAUAAAAUCUGUAUACGAAAGACCCACAGCUAAUAUCAUCCUCAAUGGGGAAAAACUGAGAGCUUUCCCCCUAAGGUCAGGAACACAACAAGUAUGUCCACUCUCACCACUGUUAUUCAACAUAGUGUUGCAAGUCCUAGCCUCAGCAGUCAGACAACACAAAGAAAUAAAAGGCAUCCAAAUCAGUAAGGAAGAAGUCAAACCUUCACUCUUUGCAGGCGACACAAUACUGUAUAUGGAAAACCUAAAGGAUUCCACCAAAAAACUGCUAGAACUGAUCCAUGAAUUCAGCUAAGUCACAGGAUAUAAAAUCAAUGCACAGAAAUCAGUUGCAUUUCUAUACACCAAUAAUGAAGCAGAAGAAAGAGAAAUUAAGGAAUUGAUCCCAUUUACAACUGUACUAAAACCCAUAAAAUACCUAGGAAUAAACCCAACCAAAGAGGUAAAAAAUCUAUACACUGAAAACUAUAGAAAACUUAUGAAAGAAAUUGAAGAAGACACACAAAAAAUGGAAAAAUAUUCCAUGCUCAUGGGUUGGAAGAACAAAUAUUGUUAAAAUGUCGAUACUACCCAAACCAAUCAACACAUUCGGUGCAAUCCCUAUCAGAACAACACCAGCAUUCUUCACAGAGCUGGAACAAACAAUCCUAAAAUUUGUAUGGAACCAGAAAAGACCCUGAAUAGUCAGAGCAAUCCUGAAAAAGAAAACCAAAGCUGGAGGCAUCAGAAUUCUGGACUUUGAGAUGUAUUACAAAAUUGUAAUCAUCCAGACAGUGUGGUACUGGCACACAAACAGACACACAUAGAUCAAUGGAACAGAAUAGAGAACCCAGAAAUGGACCCACAAACGUAUGACCAACUAAUAUUUGACAAAGUAGGAAAGAAUAUCCAAUGGAAAAAAGACAAUCUCUUCAGCAAAUGGUGUUGGGAAAAAUGGACAGCGACAUGCAGAAGAAUGAACCUGGACCACUUUCUUACACCAUAGUCAAAAAUAAACUCAAAAUGGAUGAAAGACCUAAACAUAAGACAAGAAGCCAUCAAAAUUCUAGAGGAGAAAGCAGGCAAAAACUUCUUUGACCUUGGCUGCAGCAACUUCUUACUCAACACGUCUCUGGAGGCAAGGGAAACAAAAGCAAAUGUGAACUAUUGGGAUCUCAUCAAAAUAAAAAGUUUCUGCACAGCGAAGGAAACAAUCAGCAAAACUAAAAGGCAACUGACAGAAUGGGAGAAGAUAUUUGCAAAUGACAUAUUAGAUAAAGGGUUAGGGUUCAAAAAUCUAUAAAGACCUUAUCAAACUCCACACCCAAAACACAAAUAAUCCAGUGAAGAAAUGGGCAAAAGACAUGAAUAGACACUUUUCCAAAGAAGACAUCCAGAUGGCUAACAGACACAUGAAAAAAUGCUCAAUGUCACUCAUCAUCAGGGAAAUACAAAUCAAAACCACAAUGAGAUACCACCUCACACCUGUCAGAAUGGCUAACAUUAACAACUCAGGCAACAACAGACGUUGGCAAGUGUGCGGAGAAAGAGGAACACUUUUGCACUGCUGGUGGGAAUGCAAACAGGUGCAGCCACUCUGGAAAACAGUAUGGAGGUUCCUCAAAAAAUUAAAAAUAGAACUACCAUAUGCCCCAGCAAUUGCACUACUAGGUAUUUAUCCAAGGGAUGCAAUACAGGUAUGCUGUUUGGAAGGGGCACAUGCACCCCCAAUGUUUAUAGCAGCACUAUAUAUAUAUAUAUAUAUAUAUAUAUAUAUACAAUGAAAUAAUACUCGGCAAUCAAAAAGAAUGAAAUCUUGCCAUUGGCUACAGCGUGGAUGGAACUAGAGUGUAUUAUGCUAAGCAAAAUUAGAGAAAGACAAAUAUCAUAUGACUUCACUCAUAUAUGGAAUUUAAGAUACAAAACGGAUGAACAUAAGGGAAGGGAAGCAAAAAUAAUAUAAAAACAGAGAGGGGACAAAACAUAAAAGACUCUUAAAUACAGAGAACAAACCAAGCAUUGCUGGAGGGGAGGGUGGGGGGAUGGGCUAAAUGGGUGAUGGGCAUUAAGAAGGACACUUGUUGGGAUGAGCACUGGCUGUUCUAUAUAAGGGAUGAAUCACUGGAUUCUACUCCUGAAACCGUUAUUGCACUAUAUGCUAACUACCUUGGAUGUAAAUUUAAAUAAAUAAAUAAAUAAAUAAAUAAAUAAAAUUUUUUAAAAAUAAACAUUCAAAACCCCUCCCCCCAAAUAAAUAAAUAAAUUAUGCAUGACUCAUUAAAAAAGAAAGAAAGCUCCACAAGAAUAGGUAUCUUGCCCAUCUUGUUCAUCUUUGUCUCUGUGGGUCAUAUUAGUUCGUUUUACAAUGUUAGAAUCUUAAUAAAUAUUUGCCAAUUGACUAGAAAAAAAAUUACUCUCUCAAGCUGUAUCAUUGAAGUAGCUCCUAGUGUGGAGCUAAGAGUGGGCAGAAUGUACCUUCUAGUGGGCAGAGGAGGGGAAGGGGCCUCUGAUUGCCUGGGUCCAGUCCAUGAGUCAACCAGCAGUCAUAUGCUCUUGAUGACCUCCUCUAACAAACUGUUCAUAGUACUCUCUUAU